CCGGCCAACUGUACGACAAGUCCGUCAUCUCUGGGAAAGAGAACGAGUCAAUGCUGAAUGCGAAAAACAUGAAACGAGAGAGCAAGGUGUACUCUUAUAAAGAGCAGCAGGAGGAGCUGGCCCUCAGGAGAGAACUGGAGGAGAAGCGGCGACGAGAGGGGAAGGGGAAGGAGCCGGAGCUCACUCCCAAACAGAAGGAAGCUCUCCGCAUGCAGCUGGACAAGGAGGCGGCCAUUAGAGACUCCCUCACUGCGCUGUACGAGGAGGUAAGCAAGACAGUGAGUCUGGUGAGGGCUGCCAGUCAUACACCCUCACUCCUCCCUCACUUCAACUCGCUGCUGCCGUGUGUGCUGAAGGGGCUCCAGUCUCCGCUCUCCGCACCCUCACUGGCCACCCUGUACCUGUCCCUGCGCCUAGCCGCGCUGCCCACCGGUCCACCUCUGCCCCCCCCUUCUGCCUGAUCUCGUGGCCCAUGUCACCCUCCGACUGCAGAAACCGAAGUGUGACCUAGAUCCUGCCUGGGAGGAGGAGGAUCUUGAGAAGGCGACACGCCGCACUGUCGCGUUGCUGCACCGCUGUACUGCGUUGAAGGGUCGCGGACAACGACUGACAGGACCUGCGUUCUGUUACUGUUUCCCUUUUGGUGCGCUCAGCACUGCUCCAGGUGCUGAACAAGCC